AGGUCUGCAGAGAGCUUUCAAAGUAUGUCAAAUGGUAUAAGUCAGGAGAAGAGCACAAAAUAAUUUCCAAGGUUUUAGAUAACAUGUAACAGUAUACAGACAAGUCAUCAAGAGAUGAAUUUGUGACCUAAGAGUGACAGUACCAACAGCUGGUUGUCCCUCAAAAGUUGAAAGAUCUGACAAGGUCUAUUUGAGCUGCACACGUUAAAACAAUCUUCCAAAUUCUGUGAGUGCCUGCGCUAUGAGUAACGGCAGCGGUGAUAACAUUCCAAGGCGUGAAGACGCGACUGUUAAAAGGAAAUUAUGAGGAAGGCAGAGCUGUGAUUUUUGAUCCUGAGAAAGAAGUUUAGGAGGGGAUGGAAAACAAAGCCAUGUAUCUGAGCACAAAUGAAGAAAGAGAGAGCGGCUCCAUGUAUGAGGAAGUCUACGAUGGACACAGCUUGUCCAAGCUUAAUCUUUGUGAUGAAGUGUCUGGAAAGCGCCGCAGGAAGCAGGACCAGUGUUGCAGUCUCCUGAACUCCCUGUCAGCCAUCAAAUAUGCAAUUCUGUCCUUGUACAUCUUGGUUCUUCUGACCAUCUUUGGACUCUGCUUGGCAGUUUCCCGGUCCCAGGUGUCCUCACAGCGCCAGGUGGGGCUGACGGAGAACUUGACUCGGAUGUCAGAGCCCUCUAAUGUGCUCCACCAGACCCUCGGUGAGUUGUCCACUCAGGCUGACCUUCUGGAAAACAUCUGGAAACUGGAAAACAUCUUUCAGAACCACAGCAACUGGCUGCAGAGGCUGGAGAUCCGCAUCAAGGGUCUGGAGGUGGAGCUGAGGGAUAUCCAGGCUAACUCCCUUCAGUCAGAAGGCUACCUGGUACAGCUGGAUGACAGGUUGUCCUCGUUCAGCACCUCUGCUGGCAGGAACCUGACUGUCUUAAGUGUGGAGGUGGCCCGAACUUCCAGGUGGCUCCGUGACCACGACGUCCUUCUGAGGGAGACAUCAGGCCAUUUAAGUGGGCUCAGAGAAAAACUAGAUGAAGUCAACUGGACUGUUGGAGCUGUUAAUCACACCUUCACCAAUGAUAUCACUAUCCAUCACCUUAAAAUACAAGACAUGCAGAUACAGAUCAGCAACAUAACAGAGGAUACCAGCAGUUUAUGGGUGACACACAUCCAAACAGAGGCCCAGCUGAGGAACGAGAUGGAGAUCCUGAGCACAGUAACUGAGGACCUCCGUCUGAAAGACUGGGAGCACUCCAUGACCCUGAAGAACCUCACAAUUCUAGAAGGUCUCCCAGGCCCGAAGGGUGAAAAGGGUGAUGUGGGAAAAAUGGGCCAUCCUGGAUUUCCUGGGGUCACUGGCCUACAAGGACUUACAGGAGAGAAGGGAAUGCAAGGCGUCCAGGGAAUAAAAGGAUCUCCUGGGGUUGAUGGGCCACAGGGAGAGAAGGGUGAACGUGGACCAGUUGGGCCUAAAGGUGACAGAGGAGAUAGAGGCUUGAAAGGGGAGAAAGGUGACAGAGGAGAACGAACAGUUGAGGAGCCUCUGGUGCGGUUGGUAAAUGGGUCAGGUCCUCAUGAAGGCCGUGUGGAGGUGUUGCAUGAACGUCGAUGGGGAACGGUGUGUGACGACGUCUGGGACAAAAAAGAUGGAGAUGUUGUUUGUAGGAUGCUGGGAUACAGAGGAGCAACAGACGUCCAUAAGACCGGGCGUUUUGGACAUGGUACUGGUGUGAUCUGGAUGGACGAUGUUGCUUGCUUGGGGACUGAAGACACCAUCCACCAGUGUAUGUUUUCCGGCUGGGCCAAAACGAACUGCGGCCAUGUUGAGGAUGCUGGCGUAACCUGCGCAGUCUGAACAUGCAGGGUCAUUCAUGUUGCUGUGGCCGCAGAGUUUUAUCCAUGCUAGGCCUUUGUUUGUACCGUGUUUUUGUACCACUUUUUAUACAGAGUGCCUUUUUUAUCAGUAUUGUUGCUCAGUUGCCUCCAAAAAGUACCACCUAACCAGAUAAAAGCUCAUUUUUACAUGUACUUUUAUGAGUUUAUGAUUCAUCUAAAAGACUUAAGGAUGGUGUUAUUCUUCAUGACCUGCACUAUAAACGCAAGGAUUGCAUAAGCCGCUGAUUCUUUCUGCUCACCUAAUAGGAAUGGAUUGAAACUGAGUCUAAUUUCUGGACAUUUUGACCGAUGAUGUUGUGAAGGACUUUCACCAACCAUCUUAUCCACCUAAAAAGAGGAUGAAAUGGCUCUUAAAGAAAGACAGAAGACUGUCAAGAAUUUUACUUUCCUUUACCAGCAGCUGCUUGUUGCAGCAAGAUAUGCAAAGAUAUACCACAAUUUGCAGCUGUGUUUGUUUCAGUCUCUUAAAAUCAAAUUUCCUGUUUAUUAGGACUUCUUUAGUAGAAUCUCAUUUAAUUGAAUAACUUCAUAUACUGUGUACACAGAAUAUAUUUUUUGCUAAUAUCCAGCACCUUGCAAAAAUAUUCCAAGGGGGAUUGAAUUUACUAUUUAGGUGACUUAUGAAGGCAAGUGGUGUCACUGUACUUUAUUUAAGGGUAUUGGAGUAGCAGAGGCUAGAAUUUGAGGUUUAGGGUGAGAAAAUGUGAGAAGGGUAUAUAAAUGCUUUUGCAAGGCACUUACAUAUAACUGUAUAAGUACAAUACAUGUCUGUAUUGUUUACCAUGCAAAUCAUCCUUUAAUACUUAAUUUGAGCUGCAUUUUUGAAGGAAGCCUCUAAAGGGUUAACGGGUACUUGAGUUAACAGCUGAUAAUAAGAAAGAGCAGAUGAGUAUAAACAGAUGGAUAGAGUCCUGCCUUGUCUGAUUUAUAAUGGUGGGUUUGUCUAACUGCCAAAUGUUGGAUUGCUUAAGCAUUAUUUCUCACUCCAAACAAACCACAUUAAUCUGCUUCAGCAAUUUGUUUUUCUCUCAGUUGGGUUUUAUCUUUCUGGCUGCUCUCAAAUCCAAAACACUGCAGCACCUCCCAAGUGGUUUCUGUGCUGAGGAUGCGAAACUCUGAACUUGAUUCCAGAUCAUCUUGUAAUUUGGCAAAUUCAGAAGUCAUUCAGAAGAAAAUUAUUUCUCCCCUGAAGGCUCAAUGGCUAUAUUAUAGUUCCCCUUUUUAUUUUAUUUUUUAAAUGCCCACCUGAUGUUCCUUUAAAGGUUUGCAAGAGAUUAAUGUUUUAGAUCUGGAUUUGAGUUUUUACCCUGGAUGCAGCGAGAAAACACUGUUUGUCUGUGCUUUAAACAAAGGUUCUUCUACAUGAGGUACAUUGUAGACUAAAGAAAUAAAAACAUCCGGCCAUACUGGAUAGAUUCAACUGCUUAAAAUAAAACUCUGAUAAGUUUUAUUAGGUUAUAUGUUGCAUUUCUGCUUAUUUUGCCAACAUUACCUGGUUAAAGUCACCGUGUUGUUUUUUUCUGUUGUUUCUUGUUGGUCAGAUAUUGAAAGAAAUCACUCACAUGUCUCAUUAGAUUGUCGCAUCUGAAGUUGGGAAAAUCAGAACUUUCUGCUUUGAUCUUCAUUAUGACUAGACAUGGGUCUGUCACCAGUAUCUGGGUACACAAAGGGUUUAGAAGACUCUGCUGUCAAAACAUUUACAUCAUACUAUUUCUACAACUUAAAGUCCUUUUAAAUGGGUUGCCAGAGCAUGUCCUGGAGUGACUGGAGUAGUGAAGUAUUGCACCUGGCCCCACCUGUAACUGCACACUGCCGGUUAGUUGACUGAAAGAGAACUACUGCACUCGUCCUUCACUUGCAAGAAUGAAAUAGUUGGAAAUUUUUCCAUGCAAAAAUAAGGAGCAAUUUUGAUAAUAACUUGUUAUACAUUUGUUUCUCAAUAAAGAACAAAAUGGCCCACAGGUGGUUAUUCCACAGUUUUGAUUGUGUAUGUCUCAAAAUCAAAAUAACUUUAAAUAAAUGUCCUAGAUGACAUAACUGUAAUCAUCAAUAUGUCACUUUUUUAACAGUUGUUGCUUUUCUGCUUUAAAUGAAUGCAAUUAGAUUGUGUUAUAUAUUGGUACAUACAAAUCUCAUACUGAUCCAUGCCUAAUUAUGACAUUUUUAUAGAAAUUUUUUUACUUUAAAUAAAUACUUCUGUGUG